AUGAUGGCGGUGUGUUCGUUCGGUCUACGCCUUCCUUUGGACCUGUCGCGACCAUUCCAUCAAGUCUCACCGGUCUGCGUACGAGUGGAACACAGAACGUCAUGCAGGGAGACGUCCGUUCGGGUUCCGCAAGGCCUGAUGAAUGGGGCACGGCCGUGGCGAGCGGCGACGCGACUAGCCCAGCUGGUGCUGGUUUGGUCCGGAUCAGAGCCGGAGCCGGCUCUGUCGAUUCUUAAAGACUGCGUCUCUUUGCUGGAGAAGGAGUUUGCGUUUUCAGCCCCGGCCUUUCCCGCCGUUCCUUUGCUCCCAACUAUGCCUGGACCCAGUCGUAGCUCAUGCUUGAACGCGCUCGUCAUCGCUUUGAACGAGACGUGCAACGGGGAGAGCUGGUACACGUCGACCAAGGAGCUGCAGCUGGCGUCCUUGGAGUUCUGCGUCGCGUGCAGAAACUACCAGACCCUGCACUUGAAAGUUGACGCACAAAUCCCACGCAGGCUGCUUGCAAGGGCAGAUGCCCCACCUCCACACCCGGAGCUGCUAUGCCGGACGCGCGUGCCACGGCUAAGAGCGCGCCGCGUGACGUGGGGCAUGCGGAAAGCAGCGGAAUUGAGCAUCCCGAUAUUUGCAAUGACAGACGUGGACUGCCUGAAGUUUGGCGAGACUUCGUUGGAAGCGUUGAGGCUGUGGCAUGGCCGCGACGGUUGGAAAAGAUCCAGUUUUUCAUUUCUUCACUAUUCAACGAGCCGGUCAGUCUGGUCGAGUGGCCAGCAUCUCUGCAGACGCUUAAAUUCGGUGGCCGUCGUCAUUGCAAGAGCUUACGAUUGGAUCUGUGAUCGAUGUAGAAGAAAACGUGAUAACGAUGUACUCGUACUUCGACCAACGCAUCGACAGCCGUGGUUGGCCUAUGUCUUUGCGUCGACUCCACUAGGCGACGACUUCAAACAGUCACUGCAAGGGCUGGGGACGUGGAUGCCCAACCUUGAAGUACUUCGUCUCUUCGAUUUCCGUGAUCCAGAUUUUGGUAACGAUAGCCUUCUCCUCGGAAUCGGAUGGCCAACAGGCCUUCGUCAGCUGGCCGUGUAUGAAUGCACGAAAAUGGAUGGGGUCACUAUUCCUUCCACGGUAGAAGUCUUGUACAAAGUAGUACAGACCUGUAGCUUUGAUGGUGCUCGGAGCAGUGGUUAUUGCAGUACCUUUGAUUAGCGAAGCUCUAGACUAGUAGAUGCUUUGGAGCAAAACAUAUCGAUUGCGAGACUGUAUUGUGGGAACUGGGAGUAGAGCUGCUGACAGUUGGAGUGCUUGAAAUGCACGAAAGCAACAUGUCGAAGGAGGGGUUUCGAUUCACGUCGGAUGCCACGAACAUUUCACCUCAAAAGUACUUCCCGUUCGAUGUAUUUCGUUGAUUGUGUCGUUUGCGCGUUUGAUGGCGAUAUCCUGUUUGGGGUUUGUGUUCGGCGGGGUGUGUCAAUUUUAUGAGCUCCUGCUGACGCUUGGUUUAUAGCAUUUAGUCUUCUGUCACAAGACGGAAAGAGUGACGUACAUUAUUUUGGUGGAAGCUCAGAGUUGGCAUCUACUGUAUAGGUUCACGUUAAACUGCGGAUUAGCAACUGUGAGGGGUUCGACCAAAUGUUUUUUGAAAUAAUUCAGAAUCAUUGAAAGUUUUGUUCGGAGUGCCAAUCGCUUACAACUUUCCAGUGUGAUGAACUCCAUCAAUUUUCUCCACUCUCUUCCUCUUUCAAGCGAAGAGUCCCCGUGGGCUGCAUACGGCAAAAGGUACUCGUUGUCAUGGGUAUUGUAGUGGCUGGAAGUGGCCCUGGAAUAACGUCGUCCUCUGAGAUGGUUCCUGCCACCUUCAACAACGAACAGCCCCCUGCGGCGCCCGUGUAGGCUAUUGUUUGGGCGCUCUAGUGAUUGACGAGGCAUCGGUUGCCAAUGUCGCGGUGACGAGAACGAUCUCUAGGUCCUCGCCCUAGAACGAUGCCCAUAGCCAACAAGCGGUUUGAAGGAAUUCUGGGUAGUUGGAGCUGCUGGUCGGAUAUUCCUCCCGCAGAGGCUAAGCGUGUUCGACCUCUUGUGGAACAAUUCACCGAACUUGUGAAACCUGUGGUUCUGCACCACUUCACGAACUGGCGAGUUGUCCUGUUGUUGAGUACCCUGAUUGGGAUGCCGUUUCGGAUGGACCACGCCCUUUUCGCUUCCACUGUGAAGCAAGUGAUAAUGUCGUUGGUGGGACUCUUGGUCUGGAACAGUUGGAUAUGUUCUCGGCUGUAGAUGUUGUUGGUUGAAGUUUAUGCUUUAAAUCUCAAACAGCGAAGGUUAAUCACCUAACACGUAUUGCCGGGAUAGGAGUUCAGUGUAUUAAUUAUGUGAUCGGGUUACACAUCGA